AUGUACGAAGAAAACAACAGUUCUCCUGUCACUUUGUUAACUCAAGCUUUUCAUUUACCGUCUCAUUUCAAUACUCUAACUACUUCCUCAUCAACCACAACCGCCAACACCGUCAACACAACUUCUGCGCCAACAAUCAUAGCCAACAACACGUCAAUAUCUAUAUCACCACCAUCACCAUCAACUGAUACUAUUCCUACUUAUUACGAUCAAAACAAUUACGAAGAUCACAUUCUUCAUAAUCCUUGUUUUAACAUGACCACUACUCCAACUAUACAUGUGCCACCACCAGCAGCAACAUCAAAUACAACAUUUGAUGAAGGAGUGGUAGUUAGAGGAAAUGACGAUGGUAUUGUUGAUUGGUCAAAUAAUAAUGACUUAUUUGCUCUGCCGCAAAAUUUUGUUGAUAAAGAUCCUGCUGCCAAUUGGUUAAUCUCUCAAACAACAAACAAUAGUAAUGACAAUGGUAAUACUUUGUCAACUAACGAUAUUCAUACUUUGUUAAAAUUACAACAAUUAAAUCAUGCUCGUACUCAACUUCACUAUAAUGAAAAUAAUGAUAAUGACAAUAAUAAUGACCCUAAUAACGAUGUUAAUAAUAAUGAUUUGAUAAAUGCACACCAAUUUCAACAAUAUCUUCAACAACAAUUACAACAAUUACACAAUCAGCAACAAAACAAUGAAAUUAUUAGCAAUGAUCAAAAUAACCUCAUCCAACGAAAUCCAAAGCAUUCGCAAGCUAGUCCUCCAAUGUCGUCCGAAGAAUAUCAACGUAAAUUGAAUGAAGAAUUGGAAAAGGUUGAUUUUGAAGAUAUCACUGUCAGUGAGCUCAAAGAAAUGUUGAGGCAACGUGGUAAACCUGCAACUGACUUUAUUAUUAAUCCAUUUAUGCUUCAACAGCAGCAGCAAUUACAUCAAUUACAUCAAUUACAAGAAAGACUACCAUCAUCAACACCUGCAAUAACUACAGAAUUCAUCGAAUCGUAUGAUUAUAUAAGUUCAAUGUCAAUGAAUCCUGCUGCUGGUGUUAAUACAAAUGAUACGAGUACAAUGGCAAUAAAUCCUCAAAUGCUAAGGAUCAAUUCAUCUUCAUCUUCACCAGGUGUUGAAAAUAUAAAACAAGAGCCAAUUUCUUGUGCUCCUCUAUCAACUAAAACUUCAAUGUCGAGUAUGCAUGCAUAUCAAUAUCAAGAAAACGUACAUGACCAACAAGUAAUGAUCAUCAAAGCUGAAGAUAAUUUAAAUUUCCUAAAUUAUUCACCAGAAACAAAUCCUAUUCCACAUAAUGAUCAUUAUCAACAAUCAACUCAACAUGUACCAAUGCAAAUUGAACUUCAACAAGAUGGAUUGACAUUUGGUGGUGAUAAUAAUUGGUAA